UUUGUAGCAGAUAAGUGACUUGAUAUUGCAAAGAGCUGAAAAAGACCAUUUGCUAGAGGAGGAGGCAAGAGAAAGGGUGCUGCAAUGCCUUGUCUUUUGCUUUGGUCUUUGAGCUUCCUGGCCCUUUCCCUUGUGGAAUCUGAGUCUUCUGCUGACAAUGGUACUGUAGUAGUCACCACCACUGGCCCUAUCCAGGGAAAGCAUCUCCCAGCUGGCUCAAGAUCAGUCACAGCCUAUCUGGGCAUCCCCUAUGCAGAACCCCCUGUGGGGAAACUGCGUUUCCAAAAGCCUGUUCCCCAUAAGCCAUGGAGCCACAUUCUGGAAGCCACCAACUUUGGCAAUUCAUGCCCACAAAAACUUAUUUCGGGCACUCCUGAUGCUGAAAUGUUGAAGGCCAACACGCCCCUUUCAGAAGAUUGCCUUUUCCUCAAUGUCUGGGUUCCCCAUCCACGACCCUCCACACCAGCUGCUAUCCUUGUCUGGAUCUAUGGUGGGGGAUUUGUGGUUGGCACAACUUCCCAGGUAAUGUAUAAUGGGGCAUUCUUAGCUGCUACCGAGAAUGUGAUUGUGGUGUCCAUGAAUUACCGCCUGGGAGCUCUAGGCUUCCUUUCAUUACCACCAGCCGCCCCAGGAAACAUGGGCCUGUUAGACCAGCAGUUGGGUUCCUGAGGAUGGAUGAGGGAGAGUAUGCUCAUUGCCUUUGGAGGAAGACCCUUCUCGAAUCACUGCAUCUUUGGCCAGAGUGCUGGAGGAGCUGUCUGUCCCACCUAUCACCUCCUCUCACCUGGGAGGUCAGCCUCUUUUGACCGGGCUGUGCUGCAGAGUGGGACGGCCAUUGCACCCAGGAUUUGGGUGAGUCCUGAGGAGGCCAAGAGGAGAGCACUGGUCCUGGCCCAGCAGAUGGGCUGUUCAGAAGAGGAGGGCAAUGCCAUAGUGAGCUGCUUGCAGGAAAAGCCAAUGGAAGAAUUUCAACCAUACAAUUCCUCAGUUGUAGAUCCCAAGAUUGUUUUGAAUCUUUCCUCUUUACUCAAAUCCACAGAUGGAGAUUUUCUUCCUGGUGACCCCCAGAAACUAGUGGAGUCCAGGCGCUUUCAGGCCAAACCUAUUAUGAUUGGUACCACUUCUGAUGAAGGAUCCUACUUUAUCCUUCAUGCUGCUUCUUUAUUAUGUACAUCCAGCGAGUGCUUUUUGAGCCGGGAGAAACUCUUGGAGGGUUUCAACAUAAGUAUAUGGAAUGCAACCAAUGAUGCCAUCCAAGCCAUUGCUCGGAGGUACAGUGAAGCAGAACCAGAGGACCCAUUUCGGUAUCACCCCACCUUGUCCCAGGCCUUGGGUGAUUAUUGGUUUGUAUGUCCAGCAAACAAAGUUGCUACAGAGACUGCAAAGACCGGGAGCCCUGUGUAUGCUUACACUUUCACUCAUCACAGUACUAAAUGGCUGGGGUCCAUCCAUGGAUCUGAAGUCCCAUACCUUUUUGGAACUCUGACAUUAAUCCUGGGAACCAAUCAAACUCGUACUGAGGCGGAGUUAGCGCUAAUUCCCCAAGUGAUGCAAUACUGGGCGGAGUUUGCCAGAAGCGGCAAUCCCACCCCUUCAGGUGUCAAUGAGACAAAAUGGCCGCUCUACAACCCUGCAGAACAGAACUUCUUUCGCAUCAGCACAGAGCCGCCUCAAGUCAUGAAGCCCUCACCCGCUCGGCACUGCAGUUUCUGGAAGGCGCUCUUAUCAGAGGCAUCAAGCCUACAUCGGCCUUCAAAUGAUUCCGUGCCGUCCAGCCCAGAAUAGGAGGCAAUAUGAAGCAAGAACAGUGAAUUAAGAAAAGUGCAUAUUAAUUGAGAAAGAGAAUCAUGUGUAUUGGGAGGAAGAAGUCUAAAGGGGCAAUGCACAAAUUUUAGUUCACAAAGUCUCUCUUUCAUUUACUUUCAGUGAUUAAUGAUAGUUUCUGUUGAAUGAUACAAUCAAAAAUCAACUCCAGGGUGCUGUGUGGUUUCCGGGCUGUAUGGCCGUGUUCUAGCAGCAUUCUCUCCUGACGUUUCGCCUGCAUCUGUGACUGGCAUCUUCAAUGAUUCCGGCCAUGAAAGCCUUCGACAAUACAAAAAUCAACUCCCUUUUACUUUCUUCUCUGGUAUGAUCAAGUCUAUGUUCGUGUGACUAAAUUAACUUAACCUACUGAGCCCUCUUUCUGCUUCAACACCCUUUGUUUUAGGUACAUCUUACAUUUGAUUUGAUUUGAAAACUGUGCACGUCUGUCUGCACUCCCUGGAUUGUGUUGAGAAGAAGUUUGGGGAACUGGAAGUAAGGACCUGCCAGUUUAAAAAAUCCCUAGAUUUAACCACUCUGUGUUUGAUAUCUAAAUCUGAGUGAUUUAGCAAACUAGGGUUUGCCUGUAAGAAUGAAAUAACUGAUGGAAGGUGCCAUCAAAACUCGGACAAUCGAUGGCAAUCCCAUGGGGUUUUCACAGCAAGAGAUGUUCAGAGACGGUUUGCCACUACGUGCUUCUGGCCCCUUCCACACAUGCAGAACAAUGCACUUUCAAUCCACUUUGAAGCUGGAUUUUACUGUGCAGAAUAGCAAAAUCUCUUCUUUAAACCACUACUUAAACCACAAUGUUUGGUUUCUUCGUCAUUCCUUAAUCCCACAGAAACUCUGUCUUGACCUUCCCUCAAUGCUGCCAUGUCUCAGUUCGGCAGCGUCAUUGGCUACUGUGCUUCUGGGUUAGCUGGAGACGUUAACAGUCCUUGGAGAAACCAAGUGCAGCUUGCGGCUGGAGAGGCUGGUCAGCGGGUGUGUCCCACCUGUCUCCUGCUGCAUAUGUCCUUAUCCCUGACUUCGCAGCUAUACUUUAUUAUGGGAACAGGACACCAGAAGGGACAGCAAGAGCUUGGUUGCUGGGGUCAGAGGCAGAAGUGCCAAGGUCCCAUCCCCUGUAAUUUCAACAGCCUUGACAACAUAUCAGCUGGAUUUUAUACGACUCACAGCAAAGAUGGAGACUCACAAUAUUUCUACCAUCAGUAAUGGCCUGUAACUAUCAUUAGCAAUAUCUGCUUUUGCCCUUUUUGUUUUUAUUUUUGGCAGUCUCAUCUAAUGUUAAUAACAAUUAAUAAAAAA